CAGGAGAACCUUUGCCCAGCUGAGAACGCAGAGAACUCGGGCGACCUGAAUAUGGACAACGUGGGAAUCACCAAUUAUUACGAUUAUGACAACAGCACCAUGGACUACGGCACACUCGUGGAUAACUCUACCCUCACCAACGGGCUGAGUCCUCCAAAAAUAAUAGCCAUGGUGAUCUUCGUGGCUGUCUUUCUGGUGGGGGUGCCUGGCAACAUCCUGGUGGUCUGGGUGACGGGGUCCAAGGCCAGGCGCACCACCAACGCCGUGUGGUUUCUUAACAUGGCAGUGGCCGACCUCCUCUCCUGCCUGGCGCUGCCCAUCUUGUUUGUGACCAACCUCCAGAAUGACCAUUGGCUCUUCGGGGAGACUGCCUGCCACAUCCUCCCUUCUCUCAUCCUGCUCAAUUUGUACACCAGCAUCUUGCUUCUGGCCACCGUCAGCAUCGAUCGCUUUCUGCUGGUGUUUAAUCCCAUCUGGUGCCAGAACAACAGACAGGCCCACUGGGCCUGGGUAGCGUGCUUCGUGGCCUGGAGCCUGGCCCUGCUGCUGAGCAUCCCCUCCUUCCUGUUCCGCAAGGUGCAGGUAGAUCACUAUCCAUACAAGGAAACGUGCGGCGUUCACUACGGUGAGGAUCCUGCACCCAAAGAGAGGGCUGUGGCUAUCUUACGGCUGGUCGUGGGCUUCCUGGGCCCCCUAGUCACGCUGGCCAUCUGUUACACCUUCCUUCUGUUACGGGCAUGGAGCCGCAGGACCACGCGCUCCCCCAAGACACUCAAGGUGGUGGUGGCGGUGGUGACCAGCUUCUUUGUCCUCUGGCUGCCCUACCAAGUGACGGGGAUGAUCAUGGCCUUCGAACGCGGGAACACCAUCAUCGUAAAAAAGGUGGCCUAUGUGGAUCCCCUGUGUGUCUCCAUCGCUUACAUCAACUGCUGCAUCAACCCCAUCAUCUACGUGAUGGCUGCCCAGGGCUUCCAAUCACGCUUCCUCGAGUCCCUGCCCGUCAGGAUCCGGAACAUGCUGACUGAGGAGUCUGCGGCCAGGGAGUCCAGGUCCAUCACGCUCUCCACUGUGGACACUCCAGCCCAGAAGGUCUAGACCUUGUGAGGGGACGCCUCCCGGUCCACCGUCUGCCCCCUGCUCCGUCUUCCUUCCGGCCCAUUCUCUCCUGCUUCCUUGAACUCAGGCCUGGGUGCGCCAGUGUUGUUUUAGUGAACUCUCCUGCAUCCUUCCUCAUUCCCAAGGUCAACAGACACUUCCUUCUGGGGCCACACGAUCUUUCUCUUCAUCCAGGGACUUUGAAAAACUAAGAGAGCCCGAUAUACCAAAGAGUACCCCCAGAGAGCAGCACGUUUACACUGACGGAGAGGGUGUAAAGAAAAUACAUCAAAGACAUAGAAUACAGAGGAAUGGAAGUAUUCUAACUUUUCAAAAAUAGUUGUGUUCUGGGCCCUGGCCAGGUAGCUUAGUUGGUUGGAGCAUCCUCCAAAUGCACCAAGGUUGUGGGUUCAAUUCCCAGUCAGGGCUCAUACAAGAAUCAACCAAUGAAUGCAUCAAUAAAUGGAACAACAAAUUGAUGUUUCUCUCUAAAAAAAAGUCAAUAAAUAAAUAAUUUUUAAUGGUUAUGUAUUUAUUUUAUGGAGAGUUGGAAAAAAAUGUUAACUGGCAUCUCUAAAGUUAUUCUUGCUUAGGACAAAGAAAAAGGUACAUGGACCUACUAAGCUUUUGUCAGUGAGUUGAUUUCAGGAAAAACAAUAAGUUUAAAUGUUACUUAAAUGGGGUUUUAAAAAGUGUUAAGUAAAAAUGAGGUAUGUGGUUAUGAAGAAAGUCAAGCGGGAGGAAGUCAUUUUGAAAGCCAAGGGAGGGAAUCACUGUUCCGGUACCUCCAGGCCAUGGGGCCACAGAGGAAUUCAACUUUUUAUUUUGUAAACUACUGUGCGUCAGCACUUGAAAAAAUUAAAACACUUUCUGUUGACCUCCUCAUAGACUCCCGUGCAGUUGUAUGUCUAAGACAGAGGGGUCUUGUGCCCCCUGGACCUAGUUUCACCAGUAGAAGCAUCUUGCAAAACGAUGUUAUGAAAUCGCAACCGGUAUGUCCACACUGAAACAACGCAGGUGCAGUACACUUGCACCACCAGGGGCCCACGUGACCCCUUUCCUUAGCCACGCCCACUUCCCUCCACCCUCCGCAGCCUUGUCCGGAACCCCCUGCGACACUGGGUCUGCCACCAAGUCUGUAGUUUUGCCCUUUGGAGAAUGUUCUAUCAGUGGGAUCACAUGGCACGCAACCGUUUGGCUUUGUAAAAAGCUAGUGUGCACCACUUAUCGUGAAAAGAAAAUAAAUGUUGGAAUGUUGUUAUGAAUAAUUGAUUUUAAAACAUUUUUGUGUAGUGUGUGUGAGCAUGUGUUUGUGUAUGUAUUUGCUAAAAAUAGUGUACAGACCAGCACUGGCCAACAUAUAUACGAUGUCAGCCACGUAGGUGCUUUUAAAUUUUCUAGUAGCCACUUUAAAAAAUUUAAAAGAGCCCUGGCCAGGUGGCUCAGCUGGUUGGGGAUUCGAUUCCUGGGAGCUUAUGGGAGAUGUUUCUCUCUUGCACUGUGUGUGUGUGUGUGUGUGUGUGUGUGUGUCCCUUCCUCUCUCUAAAAUCAAUAAACAUAUCCUUAGGCAAGUAUUAAAAAAAGUAAAAGGAAAUAGAUGAGCUCUGACUGGUGUGGCUCAGUUCGUUGGGUAUCAUCCUGCAAAGUGAAAGGUCGCGGGCUGGACUCCCGGUCAGGGCACGCUCUACCUGGGUUGCCAGCUUCACCCCUGGCUGGGACACGUGGGAGAGGCAACUGAUUGAGGUUUCUCUCCCUGUCUUUCUCCCUCCCUUCCCUUCUCUCUAAAAAUAAAUAAUAAAAUACUAAC